AUGCCUUCAAACAGAAUUGCCGGUGCAGUGCGAUUCGAAAAUACAUACCGGAGUAACGGCAGUAAGUAUGCAUGCACUCAUCGUCAAUGUCACUCCACAUUCGGCACUGCCACAAGAUGCUUCUUCCAUUAUCGCACGAAGCAUGACGGUGAGAAAGAGGUGAAAUGCCCAUCUUGUGACAAGAAGUUCACCUCUGUACUCGGCUUGCAGAUCCACCUCGACGCUCAUGACGGCAUUAAGAUCAAGUGUCCGGUGCCAGGCUGCCCCAAAACCUGCAGCCAGCGCGGCGAUGUGCUCAGACAUCUGAGAGGUGUGGCACACAAGAUCGAUUUACCGAUAGUGGACCAAAAAGGCGCCAAAACUGCAAAGUACUACGCGGAUUGCAGGUCUAAGUAUUCGGAGUGGUGCUCGCAACAACACUUUCACGAUCCAGAUCUUUCCUUCUUUGAGUCGCAAGUGUUUCCGUCCAACCAGUCGCACGUGGACGUCGACGCAAUGUCCUCUUCAGGUGUCGGCAUUGAUCGCAGCGAGCAGAUUCAGCAAACUACACCAAAGUCGAUCAUCGAUGAUUUUCAGCAUACAAUCAUUUUCGAUCACGGCAAGGUUGUCAGAGCGAUCAGCCAACACAAGUAUCGCGAACAUUUCGAAGAGUAUUUCGGCAAGAAUACUCGUCGACUGGAAAAGCUCCGUGGACCUUUGGUCUUUCACGGCCUGAUGGCUAUGCAGAUUCUCUCUUGGGAGCAGCGCAGACGAGAUCGACCGCUCGAUGAUGGAGAUGACCUCUUACUUUGUUUGCUCGACACCGCAAAACGGUUUGACCUCGACAGCUAUCACAUGCUACCGAUCCCCUACGAAAACCACGCCAAAAGCGUCCUGUACGGGUGCGUAUACGCGUUGUACUGCAUGAUCCAAUAUGACCCCAAAACUCUGCUGUACACUGACGUCUGCCACACGUUCGAAAAGCUUGGAGAUAAGCACGAUGUCACUGAUGUGCAAGACUUCAUUGAAUGGAAAGACGUACAUUCGAAGGACCUUGGCACGAUAACGGAUGCGUACCGCGACUCAUGGAAAGACGCAUACCUCCGAGCUGCGGCACGAUGGCUGCAGAAUUCUUCUGACAACGAAUUUAGCUUCAUAGAGCUUGUCCGAAUCAAUCUCGACAAACGCAUUCAGCAAUACAAAGUCGGAUGCGCUCUCCAAGAGUUUGUGGUCGAACACAAAUCCCCCGAUCUGGUCCGCUUUGCGACCAUUUUCUCCUACGACAAUGAGGAUGACACGAGUCAUGAGUUCUUCGUCGAGCAAUUCCAGGAUCUGAUGCCCAAUGCCUCGCAAGAGUUUCGUCACAAGGCGUGCAGUUCUUUGCUCCUCGCCAGCGCCUCCGCCUGGUAUACUUGCUGGCCAGAGCAGAGUUUUACAACCCUCCUGGAACGAGACGUCGAGCGCUUCAACGAGAUGUUUGAGCAUGAUGAUCCGCCAGCCUAUCAUGGUCGCACUGAUGACGAGAUCUAUCGCUUGGUGUAUGGUUGCUAUCUCAUGGCAAGGAUGAGUCCGGAUACAUUGACGCCAGAGAACUUUGCCAAAAUCAUUGAGAGCUUUCUGAUACCACUGAUCACGCGCGGAGGUGCUUCUAUGUCCAAGACAAGUCAGGCAAUCACCGACCUGAAACUUGAUACCUCGUCUAAAUACGUGUGCAGCGUUGUUAAGGGAGUGCUUCAAGGCUGGCUGGAAGGGAAUGAGCAUGAUGGAGUGCAAUUGCUUGAAACCCUUCUGAAAGGGCUCAUCGAAUUCAAGCUGGAAUGCAUGAACGCGCUGAAGUUGCGAAGCAAGAAGUCUUAA